AUGGCUCGAUUCUCUAAGCUUGCCGUCGGCCUCCUCAUGGUGUCUUUGGCUUCUGUGGCCUGCACCAACCCGGCCAAACGCAGGGCAUGGCAUACCCUGAGCAACGAUGAGAAGCAGGUGUACAUCCAGGCCGAGCUUUGUCUCAUGGAGCUGCCCGCCAAGCUGAGCUUCCCGGCGGCCCGGACGAGGUUCGACGAGCUCCAAGUCAUCCACCAGCUCCAGGCAUAUGCCACCCAUUUCGUGGUGAGUGAAGAUGAGGCUAUUUCAGGGACGACAAAGUUAUCUUGCCCGCUGACGUGCUUUCUCUGCGUCAGGGGGCGGCCACGGCGGCGUGGGUGGGCAGGUGAGUCUAAGUUUAUGGAUCUGCUUGCGUUCUUUGUUCCUUUUACCUUUACUUUUUCGUCUGGUUUCCUACAUCUGUUCGGAAAUCCACUACUUGCUAUCAGAUCCCCUCGUGCUAUGGUGGUGUUGGCAAGUCGCAGUUUCGGUAGUCUCGAGGGCGAUCGAUCGAAAGGAUAUUUGCUGACCUUAUCCAUGCUCAACGGUGUCUCGAGCCCCGGCGACCCUCUAUUCUACCUACACAACACAUGGCUGGACAAGGUGUUCUGGGACUGGCAGGCCAGGGACAGGUCGACGCGCACGACGACCAUCGGCGGGACCAACAUCGCCCCGGACGCGCCGCCGGGCUUCCCCACGCGGCCCUCGAAUAUCCCGUUACCUGCUGGUGCCGACGGCAACCCUGGCAAAACCACCACGCUAAGCCAUGUGCUCAACAUGUACGGCAAUAUGCCCAACGCGACGGUGGGUGACGUCUUGGACAUUCAGGGCGACUUUGUCUGCUACGAGUACGUCGAGCCA